AAACGGUACAAUAUACAAUUCACAAACCCUUGAAAUUUUUUUAUGACGACUCGAUUGUUGGCGAAACAUUGAUACAUACAGAUAAGCGAGUCUUGGGGUGACAGAGGUCGUUUCGUGCCUGAUAGUAGACUCACUGGAUAAUCUAAUUAUGAAGCUCCUGUUUGGUUUUGUCUUGCUGAAUAGCUUAGCCAGUUUUGUAUUCGCAAACUGCAGAAAUGGCUGGGUUACAUUCGACGAGUGGUGUUACCUGUUCUCUCACAAUCAGCUGACGUGGUCAGAGGCAUCUGAAACCUGCCAUGCGUUCCAUGCCGAACUGGCUACUGUACUUUCUGCUGAGGAACAGAAUUUUCUGUCAACGCAUUUACUUGAAUUACACAAAAACGAUCCAAAGAUAUCAUCGGUACAUUAUUGGCUGGACGGGUCAGACUUGGAGGUUGAACACGUAUGGAAAUGGAUGACAACAGGCCAGAACCUAACCUUCACCGACUGGGCACCGCAUGAACCUAACAUGGGGGAAAACGAAAACUGUCUGAUCCUUUGGGGAGCCAGUAAAUUCCAGAUGGGGGAUAACGCAUGUUCAAAUAAACGGAACUAUAUAUGCCAGCAAACUGUCGAAACGGACUUCGAAAACGGAUUAAUUGGGUGACUCUGACAGUAAUGUUGUGAUGGUAAUAAAGAAUUCUGUCUCUUGGAAA